UUGCCUACCUAUCUUUCACACCAUUAAAGUUUGAUAAUUCCUUCUUCCAUUGAUCCAUUCAUUCCUUUCUCUGUCCCCUCUUUCUCGCUCUAACUUUCUCUCUCCAACAAAUGACCAUCCCAAACACCCUUUUCUCUCCAUCUCCAUUUCAUACUGAUUAUCACUUCUCCCUGUCCACCCUCCUUUGUUCAUGCAAGAUCCCAACAACUCACCCACAAGGAAGCCUUGGUACCAAAGAGCAAUUGAAAUGGCCACAAUGUGGAAGGCCCUUCAAAAGUCACCCAACAAUAUUCCCUCCAAAAACCAAACAUUUUUUUCAAAAACAAUCCCCAAAACAACAAAUGACAUCCCCACAACAAACCCUAACAAGGGCAAGCUAAGAAAAUGCACAUCCAUGAGGGUCGCCACGACGUUUACCCGCGUUUGUCUAUGCGCGCCAAUCUCCUCCUACACCGAGGUCUUCCAAGCCGAUGUCCCUCCAAGGAGGAGCUAUAGCUACCCGAGAUCAAAGGCGCCAUUCCACGCCUCUCAAGAGAUAAGAAGCACGCCGAGCGCAAGAAUGAGCAUCGAGGGGAGAAAGAUAUUCCGCGGGAAAUCACUAACCGAUGACGUCUUGAUGAGGAGAUUUGUGAUCGAAGAAGAGGCAAUGAUGCAAGUUAGGAGAAGAAAUGAGAUGGAAAUUAUUCGAAGAAGAAGUUCUAUGAGGAGGAGAAAACUUGGUCCUAGUCCUUUGAGUAGAAUGGCCAUGGUUGAAGAGGAAUGACAACAUUGAUUCAUUGUUGCAAUUAUAUAUAUAGUUUACUAUUAAUUUGUUUUCUAAAGUUGUGACAAUUUUAUGAUUGUUAUAUUUUCUACUUUUUGAAUUGUGUGUGCUUUUAAUGGGAUUGAUGGUUUUAGAAAGCUUUGAAUCGAUUUUUCCUCUAUGUGGAUUAAUUGUCCUUCGAAGAUAAAUGAUAUUGACAUCUUGUUGAGUUAUAAU